GGAUAGCGCUGCAGUCCUUCCGGACUCCGACUCCUGGGCUGCUUCCAGGAGUCAGUGCUCAUCAGGAAUCUCCUCUUUUACACGACGGUCGAAUCCCGCAGAAUCUUGAAACUCAUUUAUAUCUGACAUUAUGGACCUCCUGAGUACUCUCCAACUCUCCUUGUCUCACGCUGGGCUUUUAUUCUCUGCAUACUCUGACGUGUCCUGUCCGGCUGUCAGUCGCUUAAGGUCAUCGCAAUGAUUUCGCCUGUCAAGAUUCUCCGUGGCCUCUCUGCAGUGGCGGCGGUACUUUGCAUCGUCUUUCUCUCUUACAGCAUCCGCGAGCCUCAUCAACAUCCGCACAUCGAACUACGCGAAGCAAUCAAGCUUGGAUCAGCAAAACGACCUAUAGUAUGGCAGGUCGACGAUCUUCCAGAGACGAAUAUUGAUCCAUUAAAUCGAUUACGCGCCAUUGAAUAUGUCCCUUUUGACGGCUCAGUCCCACAGGGAGUCUCAGUCAAUGAGUCUUUCAACAUCCACUUUACUUGUCUAGAUAACAGUCUGUGUCCGGAAAGCUUCGCAGCACUCAUUGUAGGUCCUGCGCAACAUGCCUUUAUCUCUUCACCCAAUGCAUCACAAGUACAAAAGCAGCAUACCUUACAGAUCGCAGACCCAGGCACGUACAAAGUCUAUCUUUGGCCGCAUUUCGGGCCCAAGUGUUCUCAGUAUUACAACACACCUGACCCUUGGUACGAGCGUCUUGCAGUCGGGUCGCCUUUCACGCUGCGAGUGACAGGUAGUUAUCCUGUACGCGUGGUGGACAGUCCUUGUUCAAGCAUUGAGGCCAUACAGGAUGGUCGUUGGGUGCAUUCAGCUGAUUUACACAUGAGCGAGAUUGACAUGCUGGGGUUUGACCCAUAUGCGAAAUUCAUCAGGCAUGAUCAUGUUCAACUUGCUCCCUACAUCUGGCUACCAUAUACUUGUCACGUCAAGCACCGUUCUAUCCGCUCUCAUCUUGCACGACUCAAAGCUAAGCAUGUCUUAAUUAUGGGGGACAGCGUUUCGCGCGAUCCUUUUUGUCGGCAAAUAUACGAACCGCAUGUCAAGAACCUUACUGGUGGUCCGUGUGAUAUUGCAACUAUUGAUAACUAUCACGGUGGCACGAAGCAAUUAUCUAUACGUUAUGGUGGUUCGCCGGACGAGAAGACAUUGCUGACGUUUGUCAGAAUCUCGGACAAGUUUGGUGCAGAUGGAAAGGCACCAUUGAAAGACGAGGAAGCAAGGAUCACGCCAACGCAUGUCAUCUGGAACCAAGGUCUAUGGUUUCAGCUUUUUAAUGCAUCUGCUGAGGAAGAGUACGAGACACUGACACGAACAAGUCGUUUACUGCUCUCACUCUACCCAGACGCCAAACACAUUAUUCGAGGGACGACUUCUAUGCAUGAGAAUAUUGCAUGCUACGAACAACUCAGUGGUCGAGACGCCUGUAUCCGCGAAUCUAACACCGCACGUCGUGUCUACGAAGAGGAACGCGAUCGCUCUCCCAAUGCGCUCUUGGCUUUUAUGGAGACAUUCAGCUAUACAGACGUACGACCGGAAACCACUAAAGAUGGUCGACACUAUACCCGUAUUCUGAAUGGUGGUGACCCAGGCGAUCAAACAAUUGCAGAGUUGCCACGGGUUGGCGAGACGGACGUAUGGUUGGUAGUCCUCAUGUUUGAGAUUUGGGCACGGCAUAUUUGACUCGGGUCAAGAUGGCCGCCACUAUUCACGCGUUUUUAUCGCUAGGGUUUGCAUACUUGCAGAUGAAGUUGUUUUUGCCGAUCGAUCGUGAGGUAGGUGAUUUGCACGGGCGACUGAAGCAUGCCAUUUUGAGGUACAGGCACAGGAUGUUUGUAAUGAGUGAGUGACAGCUCAUGUGUCGGAUGAUUGCCGCCAAACAUUCAGGGGUAUCUACCAAAAUUGUGAGAAACGCGCAAAGAAGU